GUGGGCAGGGUGGCUUUCCCCAGCUGGGAUGAAGGACUUGGGCAGAAACUCAUUACUUGCUUCCUCGCUGCACGAUCACCAAGUGGUUCCUGAGUCCCCUGUCCUCCCUGGGACAUCGAGGACAUACUAGGUGCCCAGUCCUGAGCAGCCAUGACGAUGGAGGCUCUCCCCAAGGUCCUGGAGGUCGAUGAGAAGUCUCCAGAAGCCAAAGAUCUGCUGCCCAGCCAGACUGCCAGCUCCCUGUGCAUCAGCUCCAGAAGUGAAUCUGUCUGGACCACCACUCCCAGGAGUAACUGGGAAAUCUACCGCAAACCCGUCAUCAUCAUGUCCGUGGGCGGCGCCAUCCUGCUCUUCGGUGUGGUCAUCACCUGCUUGGCCUACACCUUGACCCUGGGUGCAAAGAGCCUUGUAGCCCUCAAGAUGAUAGGGCCUGCUUUCCUGUCCCUGGGACUCAUGAUGCUGGUGUGUGGGCUGGUGUGGGUGCCCAUCAUCAAAAAGAAACAGAAGCAGAGACAGAAGUCGAGUUUCUUCCAGAGCCUCAAGUUCUUCUUCCUGAAUCGCUGAUGGUGGUUUCCCUGUCACCCUGCCACCUUGACGGAGAGAAGGAGAUCUGACGUGACCAAUAUCCAAUAUGCCCAUCUCCUCCAUGGGGUGCCAUGAAACUAAUUUAGGCAAACUGUCUCCCUGGCCCCUUGGGAAAAAUAGAGUUCAGGGCUCUACCCUGAAUGGGAACAUUGCUGGAUAUAUCUCAGUCGGCCUCUCUGUUACUUCUGAUGCUUUGUUGGAUCUGGGCCUUCUGCUGUUCUCGUCCUGGCUCCUGCAACAUGUUGUAAUUCAUCUAACUCUCCACCUAGUGCAGUGCAUGCUGGGAAAUUCCUUGGGGAUGGGCUCUGCCGCCCAAGGGAGUCUCGGGUUUACAUAUCUGAGUGCCUGAGCUGAAUUCCUCAUUUGCAUCGUUCUGGAACCUAAACUGACCAACAAAAGUCCUUUACAGAGAAGGGAGGGAAGACUGAGUUCUGACCUGUUGGGUUUGACAGCCCCACCUCCUUUGGCAGGGGACAAACUAGCAUUUCAACGAGACCAGAUAAGUCACAACUAUCAAACAUUCCAAACCUGAACAGUAAAUGGAUACCCGGAAAAAACACUCUCCAAGAUGGCACAUGCCCUUGGACAUGCAGUCAGCCAGUUGAAGAAGUUUAAUUCCUGAUUACAUAGUAUUUACACCAGAGGAAGUGGGGUAAGCUAGGAGGUGUCACAGUUUCCCCUUGACCUCCCAACCCCUUCUCACUGACUGCUCUCCUCCCUGAACUUGGCGAUUAGUGAAGGACGAAUGCAUGUUGCCCUAACCUCUUUCCUCCUAGCCCUGCCUCCACCAUCCCCCCGUCAAGAACAGUAAGACUGAAAGCUACAGAUGGAUUCUGUGGGAUCGUUCUCCCCUUCACCUCCAACAGGAUCAAAAUCGAGAGGGUCAAAUUUCACAUCCCAGUGCUCUACAGGUUUCUAGAGAUGGAAUUCACCUUUAAAAAUUCCAACAUCUGUUAUUCCCGUCCCCAUUCUCCAAACAAGCAAGUAUUUAUUGAGUGCCUUACUCUGGCCGGGGCCUGGGUUGGGAGUGGGAUAGACAUAGUCCCUGCCUUCUUCUUGCUUUCACAAAGUGACAGACACAGCUGAGUCCCUGGCAAUCAGACUAUCUUUCACUCCAUUCUUGAUGGGGGAGAUGUGGGUGGUCUGGGGACACAGGAGGUGGUGGCCCCAGACUCAGGAGAGGAGAAAGGGAGUCCUGGAGGCCAUGUCAUCUAAGCUGAGAACAAAAGGAGAGAUAAGAGUUAGUGCAGGGAAAAGAGGACCAUUGGAGGCAGCAGGAAGACAAGUGCUGGGUCACUAACUGUGGUUCUAGUUCCUCAGUGACAGAGCUUACAGAUCGUUUUCCUUUCUUCUGACAUGAACGCAGCUUUGAAGUGGACCCUAAGCUGUCACCCUUGCGUUCCUUGAUGCUUUCUUCCAUGGGAGCAAGGGGGAUGCACUCCUGGGGAACCACACUGCCCACAGCACAUCUCUUCUGCCUGUGACCCUAGUCUGGGCAUAGCCUAGGAGGAGGGGCCUUGUGAAUGCCACUCCCAUGGACAUCUUAGCGAGAGGAAGUUUGGGGACCCUGUGACUCCAGAAGGAGCCAAAAUUCUGGACUCAUUUUGCAGAGUCCAGC